UUCCUAAACAAGUCAAAGAGCAGGAGUCUGUGGAGACUUUGUGAACAUCUCUCUUGGAUUAAGUAACUUCUUCAAAAGAAGACAAAACUGAGAUCUAGACAGCAUGAGUGAUCAGAGACACUGAGCUAAAAUCCACCUCAAAACAGCUUUCAACAUCAUAAUGAAGUUAGCCUUCCUCUGCAUUCUUUCAACCCUGCUUGGUACCUUUGCCUAUAAUCCAGAUCACGUGGCUGGCACCACUCCCCCCUACUUGGUCUACCUGAAGUCUGAUUACUUGCCCUGCACUGGAGUCCUGAUCCAUCCUUUAUGGGUGAUCACAUCUGCACACUGCAAUUUACCGAACCUUCAUGUGAUUCUUGGGAUAACAAACCCAGCAGAUCCCUUGGAAAGGGAUGUGGAGGUGUCUGACUAUGAGAAAAUAUUCCACCAUCCAUACUUCUUGGUCUCUUCUAUUUCAUAUGACCUCAUGUUAAUCAAACUGAAAAGAAGGAUUAAGCACAGUAACUAUGCAAAAGCAGUCAAACUGCCUCAACACACUGUAUCUGUGAAUGCCAUGUGCUCUGUGUCUACCUGGGCCUACAAUCUAUGUGACGUCGCCAAAGACCCUGACUCACUGCAGACUGUGAACGUCACGGUAAUCUCCAAGGCUGAGUGCCGUAAUGCCUAUAAAGCCUUUGACAUCACAGAAAACAUGAUCUGUGUAGGCAUCGUGCCAGGGCGGAGGCUGCCUUGCAAGGAAGUCACGGCUGCCCCAGCAGUCUGCAAUGGGGUACUUUAUGGAAUCUUGUCUUAUGCAGAUGGCUGUGUUUUGAGAGCUGAUGUUGGCAUCUAUGCUAGCAUCUUUCACUACUUGCCCUGGAUUGAAGAUACCAUGAAUAAUAACUGAGCUCCCACAACAGGAAGAAUUCUGAAACAUGUGACAAAGCACACCCACAACCUCACGAUUGAAGUAACUGGGCUCAU